AGACUGUCUUCACAUCCGGUGAGUGUUGCGUUACGACAUCAGGGACGCAACUGACUUUACUUGCAAGGUGGUCUCCUGCCACAGCCUCUGAUGCUGCCUACUGUCUUCCGCUGUGUUCGACCCAUCUCCACCAGUCUUGCCUUAAGCCGGCCUCUGGCCCACUUCAGACCGCACAUGGACCCAGACCCGAGCCGGCCCGUUGAGAGGUCCAUCAGAACCAAACUGACCGACAAACUCAAGCCGGAUUACUUGGAGGUCCACAAUGAAAGCCACAUGCACGCUGUGCCCCCUGGCUCCGAAUCUCAUUUCCGUGUCCUGGUUGUCAGCUCCGAGUUUGACGGACUGCCUUUGAUAAAGCGCCACCGUCUGGUUAAUGAGGCUUUGAAGGAGGAGUUGAGUACCUGUGUUCAUGCACUGGCUAUCCAGGCAAAGACUCCUGAGCAGUGGGGAAGUAACCCCUCCCUGGCUAAGAGUCCGCCUUGCAUGGGGGGCUCGAGGGGAGAUCACACGAUGGAGGAGAAACUGAAGGCUGGGCGGGAGUGAAGGGUUGGACUAUGAAGCUGUUGGACUGAGCUGUGAAGAAGGCAGGUGAAUGCUGCAGGAGAGGUAUAAAGAUCAGUGUCAUUAAUGUAAUGGCAGUCAGGAUUCUGUUGAGGAUUUCAUUACAGAAAUGGCUUUCUAUGGUUAUUCUAUCAUAAUAAAAUGUGAAUUGUUAACAUAAAA